CUCGUCGAAACUCGUUUCAGCCGAAGCAAUCUUUCGGACCGCCUCAAUUGCACCUGUAGUGACCGCCGCUACAACUAUUCUUUCCAUGACGAGUCGAGUGUCGCGGCUCGCGACGAGCUUGGCCGCGAGAAGCUCGCAGCGUUGCCACUGCGCGAGCUCCCCAGCAAACAGCAUCACAACCCUUUACCACCCCUCGCGCCGGCGGAACCAGUCGUCUUGGGCCGCCGCCGUCACCGCCGCACAGCAUGUCUUCAACCCGCCUCCGCCCGACCCAAAAGCCCCCAUAUCGGUGGAUCCGUUCCAGACGGUUGCAAAAGAGUUGAAGUUUUUGACAGGAAACAUAAGGCAGCUGCUUGGGUCAGGACACCCGACGCUGGACACGGUUGCAAAGUACUACACGCAGAGUGAGGGGAAGUAUGUGCGGCCGAUGCUGGUGCUGCUCAUGAGCCGAGCAACGGCCCUGACGCCAAAGAUGUCGAGGGAAAGUAGUCCGCUUUCCGUAAACAGACCCAUCACGAGCCCCAGCGUGCUUUCAGACGAGAACCCCUCCGCACCAGACGCAGAGUACCCCAGCGUAUCCUCCCUAUCGAACGACACCGCCUACCUCUCAGAAGACUCAGACAUCCUCCCAUCGCAGCGCCGCCUCGCCGAGAUCACAGAGCUCAUCCACACCGCCUCGCUCCUCCACGACGACGUAAUAGAUCACUCUGUAUCGCGCCGGUCUGCGCCCUCUGCGAACAUUGAGUUUGGCAACAAAAUGGCCGUCCUUGCGGGCGACUUUCUCCUAGGUAGAGCAUCCGUGGCCCUCGCGCGCCUCCGCGAUCCCGAAGUCACUGAGCUCCUCGCCACCGUCAUCGCAAACCUCGUCGAAGGGGAGUUCAUGCAGCUCAAGAACACCGCUUCUGAUGAGCGCAACCCCGUCUGGACCGAGAACACUCUUACCUACUACCUCCAAAAGACGUACCUUAAGUCCGCGUCGCUCAUCUCGAAAUCUUGCCGCGCUGCUGCGAUUCUGGGAGGAAGCUCGCCAGAGGUCGUCGAGGCCUCGUAUCAAUACGGGAAGAACCUUGGUCUGGCGUUCCAGCUCGUGGACGAUAUGCUGGAUUACACGAUUAGCGGGGAGGAGCUAGGCAAGCCUGCGGGUGCAGAUUUGGAACUGGGGCUGGCGACUGCACCGCUGCUUUUCGCAUGGAAGGACAACAAGAGCCUUGGAAAGCUCGUUGGGAGGAAGUUCUCUGAGCCCGGCGACGUGCAGAAGGCACGCAACAUGGUUGCCGAAAGCUCAGGAUUGGAGCAGACACGCGCCCUGGCACAGGAAUACGUCGACAAGGCCAUCCAGUCAAUAGCGUCCUUCCCGGACAGUGACGCGAAGACCGGACUGAUCGAGAUGUGCACCAAGGUAAUGAAGAGGAGAAAAUGAGCGGUCGCAACAAGAAGGCAAAGCCCGAAAAGCUGCGCAGGCGGCUUCUUGUAUUAUUAUGCAUCGCCAACAGGUGGCGCGGCAUCCCUAAAAAUCGAGAGUCCCUGAGGGCCGGGAGAGGAAGAAAUCUCGCCGCCGCGACCCUUGACAUGGCUGCAUUCACAUUCUGUACAUAUACUGUUGUAUCUACUCCGCGUCAGAGCGGGCAUGUCUGGCAUUUGCCGGGAUAAGCAAUUCAAGAUGGUUCUUAUUUACGCGUUUUCGAGCGGGGUAU